AUUAAAGGUGGGCGUUUCUCAGACCACAGAGAGUAAAAGACCGACCAUACGAUCACAAGCAUCUCGUGUGUUGUGUCUGGAGCUGUUUAUUAUAGUUGAAGCUUGAGUCUAAACAAAUGCCAGCCUACUUCAGCAGGGCAUGCAUGAGAUCGAGAAGGAUGAGAUUGAGAAUGACCACCACUUUGCUCAGGACUUUGUAGCUGGGUGGUUUGGAGGUGUCACUGGUUUGGUGGCAGGGCACCCGUUUGACACGGUCAAGGCCAGGAUGCAGCUGGAUACUGUACCUCGGAAGUACAAGGGUACCAUCAACUGCUUCAGUCAGAUCAUCAACAAAGAAGGGGUGAGAGCUCUGUACAAAGGCAUGUUCUCUCCAAUGAUUGGGAUGGCUUUCAUUAAUGCUAUAGUGUUUGGAGUCCAGCACAACAUGAUGAGAAGAAUGGAACGAACUUACCUCAAUUCAUUCAUCGCCGGCGGCAUAGCUGGAGCUCUUCAGACUUUCAUCUGUUGUCCUAUUGAGCUCAUCAAGCUGAGAAUGCAGGCACAAACAAAUCCGAUUCAGCUGUUUGAAAUCCACCAUGUUGACUCGCAGAUGGUGUACAAAGAUCCCUGGGACGCUACUGUGCAAGUGUACAAGAAGGCGGGUCUCCGGGGGCUGUACAAGGGGACCCUGAUCACCAUGGCGAGGGAGGUCCCAGGUUUUGGUUGUUAUUUUGCUUCCUACGAUUAUCUGUGCAAUUUGUCCAUGAGGAUUUUCAAGAAUGAGCAUCGAGACACCAUACACCCGGUCACCCUGUGUCUUUGCGGAGGUAUAAGUGGAAUCAACACAUGGAUUAUGUCAUAUCCCGUGGAUGUUGUCAAAUCAAGACUACAAGUCGACGGCAUGUUUGGCAAAGAAAUUUACUCCAAUUCAAUAGACUGCUUUAGGAAGACGUUCCACGAAGGAGGUAAAACAGGUUAUGGACGAUACUUGAUGUUUUUUAGGGGCCUUAAUUCAACGAUGGCCAGAGGUUUUAUUGUGAACGCAGUCACAUUUCCCACAGUCGUACUAAUACUACGCUACUGGAGGAAAGACAGCAAUAACUGAGCACUAUUUUUUUUUAUUUAUUCAUAUGCAUUUUGUAUAAUUAUUAUAAUAAUGUGUGUGUUUGUAAUGGUAUGAUUUAAAGGUUUUUGUCAA